ACCGCCGUUACAGGGUCAUGCCUUCGCACUGUAAACCACAGCCUAAAAUCAUAUAGUCGAGCUCCGUGUCGGAGAAAUAUCCUGGGAAUUAUGAUUCCCGUAACAGAGUUCCGCCAGUUCACGGAGCAGCAGCCGGCGUUCCGGGUCCUGAAGCCGUGGUGGGACGUCUUUACGGACUACCUCUCCGUCAUCAUGCUCAUGAUCGGGGUGUUUGGCUGCACACUUCAGGUAAUGCAAGACAAAAUCAUCUGCCUUCCCCAGAGAACUGCUCCACCUCCUCCGCCUCCUCCGCCAAACCACACAGCGGCCAUCUUCCCUAACCAGUCCCAGCCAGCAGCCGCAGCCCUGCAGCCCACCUCCCCCACGUCGGUGCCUAGCGUCCCGGGUGGAGGUGGGGUCCAGGAGAUGCGUGGUCUGAAGACCAACCUGGACUGGCAGCAGUACAGCUUCAUCAACCAGAUGUGCUAUGAGAAGGCCCUGCACUGGUACGCCAAGUACUUCCCCUACCUGGUCAUCAUCCACACCGUCAUCUUCAUGGUCUGCAGCAACUUCUGGUUCAAGUUCCCGGGCUCCAGCUCCAAGAUCGAGCACUUCAUCUCCAUCCUGGGCAAGUGCUUCGACUCCCCCUGGACCACGCGGGCGCUUUCGGAGGUCUCGGGGGAGAACUCGGACCGAGAGCGGGAGCCCCAGAAGAAACAUCCGGCGCCCAGCAGCCGGCCGGUCGCCAGCAUCGUCAUCGGCGGCGGCGGUGGUGGCCCAGGUGGCGACGGGCCGUCAAGCAACCUGGUCAAGACCUCGUCCCUGCGCUCCAUCCCCGAGAAGAUCGUAGUGGACAAACCGCCGGCGGCGACCACGAACGUCCUGGACAAGAAGGAGGGCGAGCAGGCGAAGGCGCUGUUCGAGAAGGUGAAAAAGUUCCGUCUGCACGUGGAAGAGGGCGACCUGCUGUACGUCAUGUACGUCCGCCAGACCAUCCUGAAGGUGCUCAAGUUCAUCCUCAUCAUCUCCUACAACAGCUUCCUGGUCUCCAAGGUCCAGAUCACGGUGGCCUGCAACGUGGACAUCCAGAACAUGACGGGCUACCGCUACUUCUCUUGCAACCACACGAUGGCGCACCUGUUCUCCAAGCUGUCCUACUGCUACCUGUGUUUCGUGGUCGUGUACGGCCUCACCUGCCUCUACACCUCCUAUUGGCUGUUCUACCGCUCGCUCAAGGAGUACUCCUUCGAGUACGUGCGGCAGGAGACGGGCAUCAGCGACAUUCCGGACGUCAAGAACGACUUCGCCUUCAUGCUGCACAUGAUCGACCAGUACGACCCGCUCUACUCCAAGAGGUUCGCCGUCUUCCUCUCCGAGGUGAGCGAGAACAAGCUGAAGCAGCUGAACCUGAAUCACGCAUGGACGGCCGAGAAGCUGCGUCAGCGUCUGCAGACCAACACCAGCAAUCGGCUGGAGCUGCAACUGUUCAUGUUGUCCGGGCUGCCCGACACUAUCUUCGAGCUGUCCGAGCUGCAGUCGCUCAAACUGGAGAUCAUCAACAACGUCACCAUCCCACCCGCCAUCGCACAGCUCGAGGACCUGCAGGAGCUGUCCCUGUACCAGUGCUCGCUGAAGGUCCACACGGCGGCCAUCUCGUUCCUCAAGGAGAACCUGAAGGUGCUGCGGGUGAAGUUCGACGACGCGCGCGAGCUGCCGCACUGGCUCUACCUGCUCAGGAACCUGGAGGAGCUCCACCUGACGGGCUCGCUGUGUCUGGACGCCGCUAAGAACAUCACCCUGGAGACCAUGCGGGAGCUCAAGUCCCUCAAGACCCUCAUGCUCAAGAGCAACCUCAGCAAGGUCCCGCAGGCCAUCGUGGACGUGUCCAGCCAUCUGCAGAAGCUGUACGUCUACAACGACGGCAGCAAGCUGCUGAUGCUGAACAACCUGAAGAAGAUGGUGAACCUGACCGAGCUGGAGCUGGUGCACUGUGACCUGGAACGCAUCCCCCAUGCCAUCUUCAGCCUCGUCAACCUGCAGGCGCUGGACCUGAAGGAGAACAACCUGCGCUCCAUCGAGGAGAUUGUCAGCUUCCAGCACCUGCGGAAGCUGACCUGCCUGAAGCUGUGGCACAACAGCGUGUCGCAGAUCCCCGAGCACAUCAAGAAGCUGGGCAGCCUGGAGCGCCUGUACUUCUGCUACAACAAGAUCGAGAUCCUGCCCUCGCACCUCUUCCUGUGCAACAAGCUGCGCUACCUGGACCUGUCCAACAACGACAUCCGCUUCAUCCCGCCCGAGGUGGGCGUGCUGCAAAGCCUGCAGUACUUCUCGGUCGCUUGCAACAAGAUCGAGAACCUGCCCGACGAGCUGUUUUUCUGCAAGAAGCUCAAGAUACUGAAGCUGGGCAACAACACGCUGUCCGUGCUCUCGCCGAAGAUCUCCUACCUGGUGCUGCUGACGCACCUGGAGCUGAAGGGGAAUCACUUCGAGACGCUGCCCGCAGAGCUGGGCGUGUGUCGCCUGCUGAAGCGCACGGGGCUGGCGGCCGAGGACGCUCUGUUUGAGACAUUGCCUUCGGACGUGAAGGAACAGAUGAAAGCGGAGUGAGAAGAAAACAAAAACAUAACAUAACUUUAACAUACAAUACGGGUGGAUGUCGUAGAGCGAUAUAUAUAUUAUACAUACCAAAAAGUCUUAAAAAUGUUUUUGUUUUCCGUCUGUCCUGGGUUUUGAAAUGGUGGAUAUGUUUUGUCCAGCCUAUGCGUAUUAGAUUCUAUAUGAUGGACAGGGCUCUAAAUGAACACCAGCCAACUGGCCAAAUGCUGGUGACAUUUCAGUUUGGCUGGUAGAAAAGACCAAUUUACUAGCCGCUUUGACCCAUUAGUGUGCCAUUUUGGCUGGUGGUGAAAAAAAAGUUAAUUUAGGGGCCUGAGGAUGGAUAUUGCAAUACUGAUGGGUAAGUGCACCAUUUUAUACUCUUUCUAGACUUGUAACAGAAGUGGACGCCUUCAGAAUCAUGUCCCAAAAAGAAUGAGUGGAAGGUCUUCAGAAUCACGACUGCUUAGAAUGUACGUACCUCUGUCAAUGAAGAAGAUUUUGCCUUAUUGAGUAUUCACACAGCUGUGCCAAUUGUUUUUGGCAUGGGUUAACAAAAUGAAUACACUGGAUAGACUGUAUACAUUUGUGGCCUUCUGUUUUUUUGUUUUUUUUUUGGUUUGUUUUGGUUUUUUUGAGGAAAGGGCAUUCGCUCAAACAUUAAUUAGCAUAUGAACCAUUAGCUAGUGCUACAUUGAGGAAGGAUGCCUGACUUAAAAUAAAUACAAACAGCUAAUAUAAAUGUAGUGGGAAUAAGUAGUGUGUGCCAUACAGUAUUUCUAUUUCAUGCCCUUUGUCAGGGGUGGGCAAACUCAGGCCUGGGGGCAACAUGAAGCCACAUGCAGCACGCUGAGUCAUUUCACCUGGCCCGCGGAGCAUUUCCGCAUAUAAAGUGUCACUCUCAUUUUCUUAAAAUGGCUACCUAAUACAGACUUGAAGGUUUGAGAUUAUCCAACGCUGAUAGUCAUUUAAAUAUGUUUCAUUACAAUAUGCAGCAAUGAAAUAGUUAUGGUUGUGAUAGUUAUAAUAAUAAUUAUUGUAAUUAACAUAUUAUUGACAGGAGAGUUGCCCGCACCGUCUGACCCUUUGGUCAAUGUUCUAAACCUAGGGCCUCCGCACAUCGGCUCCGACAAAGUGCUGAGCACUGCUCUGCCAAAGUUCGAUUCCAUUGUUGUCAAUACAACCCCGCACAACGGCGCCGAUGUUCGCGGACAUUCGCAGAUGUCGGCUGGCGCUUAGAGGCGAGUUCUAUUUUGUCGGAGCCACCCCUUGACUAUCCAUGCUAUGUUUGUGUGAAAAUGGGUUUUGGAGGUCGGAAUUGUGUCGGAAGCAUAAGUGCUCUGUAGUGCUCUCGGAGCCAAUGUGUGGAGGCCCCUAAUGUGGCCCUUGAGCGAAAGUGCCCACCCCUGCCCUAUGUCCUCAACAACGUCCAUAGGAUUGCCCACCCCUGCCCUAUGUCCUCAACAACGUCCAUAGGAUUGCCCACCCCUGCCCUAUGUCCACAACAACGUCCAUAGGAUUGCCCACCCCUGCCCUAUGUCCUCAACGACGUCCUCAGGACAGUGAUCCUGAAUUGCCUGUUAACAUUCUAAAGCUCUUAUGAUAUACUAUAUCGUCUUAUUUGCACUGGAAAAGGUUACAUUCCAAUAUCUUUUGUUACAUUGUCGUAUACAAGUUUGUAUUAGUACCAACCUUGGUCAGUUGAAAUGCUAAAUGUACUACAUGCUAGCAACCGAUCAUUGACUAUAUUCAGGUACACUACUUUUGUUAGACUGAAAUGGACAAUUUGACUCUUUAGAUUGUUCUUUUUUUUUGCUAGCUAGCUAUAUUUGACUCGAAUGAACUGAUGUACUAGAUGUGGCACCUCCAUCCCAACCACCCAUUUACCUUUAUGCAACCUGGCAAUAUCAUUUCCUUUACAUUGUGAAAAAAAUGGGUAACACUUUAGAAUAACAGUCCAUUAAAAAGCUUUCUUAAAGGGGUAUGCCACUAUUUUGGGGCUUAAUACAGUUAAAAUCGUUGGUUGGGGUUUAUAAAGGUGGUAAAGCGUUGUCUUGCUUUAAGACAAGUUAAAAGAGGGAGUAUGUAGCUUGCUACACGGAUCCAUUGACUUUCACUAGCUUAGCAACAUGCUCCCUCUUUUAACUUGUCUUAAAGCAAGACAACGGCUUA